GCCAUCGAUGACAGUCACGUGAGAGCUAUUGCCACUUAACGCUCACAGUCACACGUGACUUCGAAUGUGCCUCCGGGCGCCGAAGCAGCUCCUCGACAGCUCCCCCGAGCUUGGUUGGCGUGUUAUCCCGCAGACUAUCAAACAUCCACUUCGCUCAACCCCUUCAUCUACUAUUGUCAAUCCUCUGCUAUUGUCCUUCUGCAUUCCGGAACGCUUGGACACUCCCUGCGAAAUCCGUGUUGUGUCCGGUACACCAUCUCGCUUGACAUCACCAUCAUCAUCAUGAACAGCGGCAGUGACCCCGAGAGAGACCAGGCCCUCGAAGACUACAAGAGGAGUCUAUUGGAGCUACGGGAAUGGGAAGCUAAACUCAGGUCUCUGCGGAUGGGGAUCAAAGACCUGCAGAGAGAGUUUGACAUCUCUGAAGAGAACAUCAAGGCCCUGCAGAGCGUUGGUCAAAUCAUUGGAGAGGUCUUGAAGCAGCUUGACGAGGAGAGAUUUAUCGUCAAGGCUUCUUCCGGACCCCGAUAUGUCGUCGGUUGCCGCUCCAAGGUCGAUAAGGCGAAGUUGAAGCAGGGUACCCGUGUCGCCCUUGAUAUGACUACAUUGACGAUUAUGCGCAUGCUGCCCCGGGAGGUUGAUCCCUUGGUAUACAAUAUGUCACUGGAGGAUCCGGGUCAGAUCAACUUUGCAGGCAUUGGUGGUUUGAAUGACCAGAUCCGUGAGCUACGAGAAGUGAUAGAGUUACCAUUGAAAAACCCCGAACUGUUUCAACGAGUGGGUAUCAAGCCACCCAAAGGUGUCCUGCUUUAUGGCCCCCCGGGUACGGGUAAGACGCUUCUAGCACGAGCUGUCGCAAGUUCAAUGGAGACCAACUUUUUGAAAGUGGUGUCAUCUGCGAUUGUGGACAAGUACAUAGGUGAGUCUGCACGGUUGAUACGGGAGAUGUUCGGAUACGCCAAGGAGCACGAGCCUUGCAUCAUCUUCAUGGACGAAAUCGACGCCAUCGGUGGAAGACGUUUCUCCGAGGGUACCUCCGCGGAUCGAGAAAUUCAACGAACAUUGAUGGAACUGCUCAACCAGCUGGAUGGUUUUGAUUAUCUGGGAAAGACUAAGAUUAUCAUGGCCACGAACCGCCCGGAUACUCUUGACCCGGCCCUGUUGCGUGCUGGUCGUCUCGAUCGUAAAAUUGAGAUUCCGUUGCCUAAUGAGGUCGGUCGCCUGGAGAUUCUCAAAAUCCACUCUAGCACUGUCAAGAUGGAUGGAGAGAUCGAUUUUGAAAGCGUGGUGAAGAUGAGUGACGGUCUUAACGGUGCCGAUCUUCGCAAUGUUGUCACCGAAGCUGGUUUAUUUGCAAUCAAGGACUACCGCGACGCUAUCAACCAGGAUGACUUCAACCGGGCUGUGCGUAAGGUGGCCGAAGCGAAGAAGUUGGAGGGCAAGCUUGAAUACCAGAAGUUGUAAAUGCAUCUUGAUGAAUGACUACCUCAGACUUAGCACUGUUUUUAAAUUCUCUCUUGGCAUUAUCUGCCGAUGUUGACGCUAUUGAUGUAACCUUAGAACGAAGUCCGUAGAGUUGCAAGAACCCGA